AUGACAACUGUCGGGUCUUUACCAGCAGACCUUGCUCCAGGCAACGAAGCUGCAGGCAAGUCCGCAAUGGUCGCCACCUCUGCUGACGACGACAAAAUCCAAAAGCCAAUGGCAGGACCCAUCGAUGGCGGCAGCCCCAUGCGCUUCCUUCAGGCAUGCUCAAAGCUGGACAUGGAGCCCAACCCCUUCGAACAAAGUUUUGCGGGCGGCGCCAGCUCGGAAAGGCCAGGAUCUGCCGGCGGCGCUAGCACAGAGACAGGAUUGGAGACCCCCAAGCCUGUACUUCCUCCAAUCGCAUCCAUGUCAGGGCGCUUGGCCCCUGGCACAGAUCAGUUUGGGUGGGAUGCACAGUCCCUCCGGAUGGGCCCACUGUCACCUUCCAUGUUGGAGGGUCCCCAACAGCCAAUCAAUAUCGAAGGAAAAACGCAGAACCCACUCCCAAUCGGAUCCUUCCCACCUGCCGCUGCCUCCAUCAACACUGUCUUUACCUCAGGAGCACCCAUGGCCGAGAAUGGGCUUCCUUUUGUCGGACUUCCUGGACCUCUCCCUGUACCUCCAGUCGCCGUUCAAUCAACAGAGCCUUACCCUCCCGCCGUCUAUAACCAGCCUCACCCCAUGGCACAACCACAACCACAACCUUCACAUCAGCAGCAGCAACCACCAUCACAUUCACACGGCCCUCCAGGCGGACCAGGAUUGAGACCACCCCAGCAUUUUACGCAUCCCACGACGCACCAACAACAGCAUCAGCAACCUCAUGACCGGUUCAUACCACCACAGGCGCCACAACACAACAUGGCCGACAAUAACAGUCAUAUCAACCAGUACGGUAUACCCGGAGUUGGAUCUCACCCUUCACGGAGUAGCGUCGAUUCGGGAUUUAAUCAAGGUACUCGCCGCAGCAGAAUGACCUCAGAGGACUUCAGCGACGACUCUGAGCAAUCGUCCAAGAACUCGGCCAAUGGUGGUGAUAAUGGCAAUAACAAGAAGAAGGCCAAGCUCGGCCCUGUCGAUGACAAAAUGGACGACGAGGAGAAGCGCAAGAACUUUUUGGAGCGCAACCGUCAAGCCGCACUCAAAUGCCGACAGCGCAAGAAGCAGUGGUUGACGAAUCUUCAGGCCAAGGUGGAAUAUCUGACGAAUGACAACGAGCAUCUUCAGGGCCAGACGGCUGCACUUCGGGACGAGAUCAUUCAUUUGAAGGCACUGUUGCUGGCCCACAGGGAUUGCCCCGUCGCUCAGGCGAACGGUGUCUAUGCCGACUCGAUUGGCUUGCCCAGUCAUAGCGGCAAUAUGAUGAACCACAGCCGACCCCCACACCCAAUGCAACAGCAGCAACUUCCAGGACCUUUGCGCGGAGGACCUGGACCUGGGCCUGGUCAGCCAAGAGGAUCGUUGCCCCCUCACCCACCGUCACAGCAGCAGCAUCACCCACAAGGACCUGGGCCUAUGCAUGGAGGCCCCAGGAUGAUGAACCAACCUGGCCCUGGACCUCUCGCUCAGCAGCAUGUUGGACCUAUGGGCAAUGUCGUCGGAGGCGGUCGCCCCAUGUCGAUGAUGCAGGAUAUCACGCCAAAUGCUUCGCCUAGCCAGGGACAGGCGAACAGUCGCUACUAG